AUGCUGCCUCUAGCACUCCUCCACGCCGCCCAGGCGAAACCGAUGCUGGUGGAAUUGAAGAAUGGGGAGACUUUCAACGGUCACUUGGUCGCGUGCGACAACUUCAUGAACGUCACGCUCAAGGAGGUGUACCAGACGAGUGCGGACGGCGAGCGGUUCUGGAAGCUGCCGGAGGCGUACAUCAGGGGUAACAACAUCAAGUACAUCCGGGUGGCAGAGAACCUCGUGGACCAAGUCAAGGAGCAAGAAGAGGAGCAGCGACGGCGCGGAAACUCGGGACGAGGCGGGCCUGGUGGUGGACGAGGAGGAGGAAUGGGUCGGGGAGGCGGAAUGGGCGGACGAGGUGGUCGCGGCGGCGCACCAGGACGAGGCGGACGCGGCGGAGCACCAGGUCGCGGUGGCAUGCGCGGCGGUGCAAAGGUCGGCGGACCUUAG